UAGGAGGAGGUACUUCAUUCGGCAUACGAGUGCGUGAGUGAGUGAGUGCAGCACGAACGGACGCGACGGAUAGAAAGCAGAGACAGACGUACGACGGGAGUUCUCGUAGAUUGGAUUGGAUUGGAUUGGAUUGGAUUGGAUUACUGUUGAGCAUGGCGCUCCCCAUCACCGCCGGCGUCCUAUCCACCGCCGCCUUAGCCCUCUACCUCAACGCCAAACACCACCUCAUCCACGACCUACGCCACGGGCGCGGCGGCCUCGCCCCCUCUCCCUCGCACGUCUCCUAUCUCGCCGCGCGCGCCGCUUCCAAACGCGUGCUGACGUUCCACGUGCUCGAGGAGCAGGCGGCGCGGCGCCCGGAGCACUUGUUCCUGCUCUUCGAGGGGCGGGAAUGGAGCUACGGCGCGUUUGUGGACGCAGUGGCGCGGGUUGCGAAUUGGUUGGUCGACGAGCUGGGAGUCGAGGCCGGCGAGGUGGUCGCGCUGGAUGGCGGGAAUAGCGCGGAGUAUUUGAUGCUGUGGAUGGCGCUGGAUGCGGUGGGGGCGUGUGUGAGUUUUGUGAAUUGGAAUUUGACGGGGGAGGGGCUGGUGCAUUGCGUUAAGCUUUGCGGCAGCAGAUACUUGAUCACGGACUCCGACGUGCGGCACAACGUCGAGCCAUGCCGCGCGCAGCUAGACGACCUGGGCGUCGCGAUCGUAUAUUACGACGCGUCGUUCUUCGCGGCGCUUCCGGCCGGUGCGCCUAUUCCGCCAUCUCGAACGGAAAACAUCACACUCGAGUCCAUGCGCGGCCUCAUCUACACCUCAGGCACGACCGGCCUGCCCAAAGCCGUCGUCAUGUCGACGGGCCGCGACCUGCUCGUCGGGCACAUGACGGCGCAGUAUCUAGGCCUGACGCCCUCCGAUCGCUUCUACACCUGCAUGCCGCUGUACCACGGCGCGGCCCACGGGCUCUGCGUCACGCCGUCCAUCCAUGCGGGCUGCACCAUCGUGCUGGGGCGCAAGUUCAGCCACCGCACCUUUUGGCCUGAAGUCGCUGCUUCGCGCGCUACCAUCAUCCAGUACGUGGGCGAGCUGUGCCGGUACUUGCUCAACGGGCCGUCGAAUCCGCACGAGCGCGCGCACUGCGUAAAGGUGGCGUGGGGGAACGGCAUGCGGCCGGACGUGUGGGAGCCCUUCCGCCAGCGCUUCAACAUCCCCGUUAUUAACGAGCUGUACGCUGCGACUGAUGGUUUGGGCGCGACGUUUACGCGCAACCAUGGUCCGUUUACGGCGCACACGAUUGGGUUGCGGGGCAAGCUUUGGCAUUGGCGGCACGGUGAUGAGGAGGUACGGGUUAAGAUGGAUGUCGACACGGAGGAGAUUAUGAGAGACGAGAACGGGUUUGCGAUUCGGUGCGGAGUGAACGAACCGGGGCAGGUGCUGCACAGGCUGGAUCCGGAGCUGUUGGCCAGUGUACCGGGAUACUACGAAAAUGAGGAGGCGACGCUGAAGAGGAGGAUUAGUGAUGUGUUCGAGGAGGGGGAUCUGUGGUUCAAGUCCGGCGACAUGAUGCGCGUAGACUCGCAUGGUCGCGUCUACUUCGUCGACCGCCUCGGCGACACCUUCCGCUGGAAAUCCGAAAACGUCUCCACCAACGAAGUUGCCGACAUGCUGGGCAAAUUCCCGCAAAUCGCCGAGACAAACGUCUACGGCAUCGCCGUCCCCGGCUACGACGGCCGCGCAGGUGCAGCGUCCAUCGUCAUGGCGGACGGAGUGACCGAGUCGACAUUUGACUUUCAGGCGCUGGCAGAGUAUGCGAGGAGUGUGCUGCCCGGGUAUGCGGUGCCGCUGUUUUUGAGAGUUACGCCGGCGUUAGAGUAUACCGGGACGCUGAAAAUUCAGAAGGGGAGGCUGAAGAGGGAGGGCGUGGAUCCGGAUUUGGUGACGGGCGAGGAUAGGUUUUAUUGGUUGCCGCCGGGGUCGGGUCGGUAUCUUCCGUUUGAGAGGAAGGAUUGGGAGGCGAUCAAAGAUAAAACUGUGAGGUUGACUUGA